AUACUUGAAUUGAAAGAAAAAUGUGAUGUCUUGGAGUUUAUCUGUGCACAGAGGGUAAUUUGUGUAUUGUUUGGAAUAUUGUAAUAUUUUUAAAAAUGUCCAAGCCCGGAACAUCUUCAGGUGAUACCCAGUCACAAAUUGCUCAAAAAACUUGGGAACUGACAAACAAUGUAGAAGUUGUAAAUUCUGUAGAUGAGAUCUAUAAAUACGAUAAAAAACAGCAGCAAGAUAUUUUGACAGCUAAACCUUGGGAUAAGGAUCCCCAUUUCUUCAAAAACAUUAAGAUAUCAGCGUUGGCACUUUUAAAAAUGGUAAUGCAUGCUAGAUCUGGUGGCACACUAGAAGUAAUGGGACUCAUCUUAGGAAAAGUAGAUGGGAAUACCAUGUUUGUUAUGGAUUCCUUUGCAUUGCCUGUAGAGGGAACUGAAACUAGGGUCAAUGCUCAGGCGCAAGCUUAUGAGUAUAUGAGUUCAUAUAUUGAAGCCGCAAAACUUGUCGGAAGGCAAGAGAACGCUAUAGGGUGGUACCAUAGUCAUCCAGGCUAUGGAUGCUGGUUAUCUGGAAUAGACGUUAGUACACAAAUGCUGAAUCAAAAUUUCCAAGAGCCAUUUGUAGCCAUAGUAAUUGAUCCUGUGCGAACAAUUUCUGCUGGAAAAGUUUGUUUGGGUGCUUUUAGAACAUACCCCAAAGGUUAUAAACCUGCAAAUGAAGAACCUUCAGAGUAUCAGACUAUACCAUUAAAUAAGAUUGAGGAUUUUGGUGUGCAUUGUAAGCAGUAUUAUUCUCUGGAGGUUUCUUAUUUUAAAUCUGCUCUGGAUAGGAGACUUUUAGACUCCCUUUGGAACAAAUAUUGGGUUAACACUUUGAGCUCAUCAAGCUUACUAACAAAUGCAGAUUAUACUACUGGUCAAAUUUUUGAUUUAUCUGAAAAACUGGAGCAAUCUGAGACUGCCAUCGGCCGUGGUGGAUUUAUAAUGGGAGGUGCAGACCCUAACGAAAAACGCAAUGAGGACAAGCUUCUGAAAGCAUCCAAGGAUAGUUGCAAAACAACAAUAGAGAUUAUUCAUGGAUUAAUGGCGCAAAUGAUAAAAGACAGAUUGUUCAAUAGUGUCACCCCCAGUAAGGUGUGCGCACUUGAAGCUAGCAAGUAAUUUGUGUUUAAAAUAUGUGCUUUAGUUGUAGUCAACUUUGAUAAAUAAUGUAUUUCCUAA